UUUCCUUCCCCUCCACCCUAGAUCUCGCGAGAACGUGUGGAGUUCGAGGUUGCCAUGGAUACAACGACAACCGACCGGCGCUCGAGACGGCUGGGGGAGAGAGGUGGUUUGUCCGGGAAGCGGCCCUGAAGCUUUGGGGCUGAGGAAAAUGGCUGAUCCAGAGGAGGUGGUGGAUAGGGACAGUGAAGUAGAUAAAACUGAAGCAUCAGACACUGAAAAGCAAAUGAUAGAACACACCCACACAAAGCCACAAGCAGAAGACGAUAUAGAGACUGAUCACAAUAGCACUGCAGAGGCGUCGGUCCUUCUGAAAGCAAGGACAGAUGCAUCACAAUCAAAUGAGGAUGGACUACAGAAGGAGCAGGAGCCAGCUCCAGAGGCUCGCGGGCAGGAACCGGAGCAGGAGCCAGCUCCAGAGGCUCGCGGGCAGGAACCAGAGCAGGAACCCGCUCCAGAGCCUCAUGGGCAGGAACCGGAGCAGGAACCCGCUCCAGAGCCUCAUGGGCAGGAACCGGAGCAGGAGCCAGCUCCAGAGGCUCGUGGGCAGGAACCGGAGCAGGAGCCAGCUCCAGAGGCUCGCGGGCAGGAACCGGAGCAGGAACCCGCUCCAGAGCCUCAUGGGCAGGAACCGGAGCAGGAGCCAGCUCCAGAGGCUCGCGGGCAGGAACCGGAGCAGGAGCCAGCUCCAGAGGCUCGCGGGCAGGAACCAGAGCAGGAACCCGCUCCAGAGCCUCAUGGGCAGGAACCGGAGCAGGAGCCAGCUCCAGAGGCUCGCGGGCAGGAACCGGAGCAGGAACCCGCUCCAGAGCCUCAUGGGCAGGAACCGGAGCAGGAACCCGCUCCAGAGCCUCAUGGGCAGGAACUGGAGCAGGAGCCAGCUCCAGAGGCUCGCGGGCAGGAACCGGAGCAGGAGCCAGCUCCAGAGGCUCAUGGGCAGGAACCGGAGCAGGAGCCAGCUCCAGAGGCUCACGGGCAGGAACCGGAGCAGGAACCCGCUCCAGAGCCUCAUGGGCAGGAACCGGCUCUUGAAGAACAAGAGCAGAAAAGCAUAGAAGGACAGGAACCAGCUCUUGAACAGGAAAAUGAUCUUGCAGUGGGUAAUCAAGAAGAAUUGCUUGAAAAAGGUGAACAAGGUGUAUCUGAGCCAACUGCUCCAUUAACUGAAAUAACUGAAGAAAUUUCUCAAAUUACUACAGAAACAUUUGCUAAGUUGUUAGCAGCUGAAAUAUACAACUUAGGUACAAUGCAACUGGAGGCUUUGGAAUCUGAGAGGUCAUUGCCAGAAGUGAUGACAAAUGCUACAGCAACAGUUAAAAUCAUGUUGGUUCCUGAUAUCCAGAGGAUCACAAUGGCUUUUAACAUUGACCAAACUGUAGGGAAGCUCAAGCAAUGCUUUGCAUCACAGCUAAAAGUACCAAAAGAUGUCUUACAGGUCGGGUUUCAAGGGAGGCUAAUUGAGGAUAAUGAGACUCUAAUGGAUAUUGGAGUUAGGCCUCAUGGCACUAUCCAGAUUGAGAUGUUCUCUCUUGAUCCAGAACAGUACCCAAUCAAAGCAAUUAAAUUGCAGCAGGACUACAACAUGCCUGAUGUCAUAACUGUGAGAGUGCAAACAGAUUCUGACACAUUCCAAGAUGUAGCAGUAGAGAUUGAAAGACCUACCUAUCGUAAACCAUUUCUGGGAGGAUUUAAGCAUAGGGUAACAGGUGUGGAAUUUCAUAAUGCAGGAUCACAAACAGUACCCAAAAAACGACGUGACAAAGGAAUUAAAGUAUUUUGCAGGGAGACACAGACCGUUGUGGAGAAAAAUAAGCGCCAACAGACUAGAAAUACCACCUCCACACAGAUGACUAAAAUUGGCCUCUAUGUGUCAAACAUGACUGACAAGCUAAUAGAACCAAGAACAUAUCUUACAGCAGAAGAAUAUCAUAAACAAAGACUUGAUGCAAUAAUAGUAUUACAGAAAUAUUUCCGACGAUGGCAUGCCAUAAAUGUUGUACAGAAAUUAAGAGAAGAAAAAAGGUUGCGGUUAGAAUGGGAGGCACAAGAAGAGUUAAGGAAAAAAAGAGAGAAGGAAGAAAGAUUGAGAAGGGAGCAUGAGCGAAGAUUGAAUCCUAAAACAAAGGAAGACUUUGAACUACUUUACCAUGCUUUAGAAUUAUGGAGGCAGGAGGAGAUUGAGCGCAUUAACAACACUCUCACUGGAGCAGAAAGAAAGGCAGCCCUCUGUGCACUUCUAGAACAAGAGACACAGCUGAUUGCUUCCAUUGGGAGACACAAACUAAAUGCAGAUGAAGAGAACCAGCAAAAAGCAAUACUGUUCUUUUUGGAUAAGUGUGCAGAGCCAAAGAAAUGGAAAGCAUAUGAUGGAAAAAUAACUGAAAUGGAUACACAGUUUACACUACGUGCCAGAGAACUGCUUGAGAUCUACCGCAGCAUUAGUAUGAAAGACCUCCCAAAAGAUGAGAGGCUGGAUGUGCUAUUAACACUCAAACAUACAGUGAAGGAACACGAGUGUAAACUCACCCAUGAAAUAGUGGAAUUAAUUGACAGAGAGGCUGAUCUUAUGAUGCGAGGCGUGAAAGAAUGCAAUCUAGAAGGACUCAGAAAAAGAAUAUGCACAUUAUUUCUUCAGUAUAUUAAAACUCCAAUCUUUAACCCUGAGGUUGCUAGAGUACUUAAGGUUCCACCAGAUCCAUUAAAGCUUUAUCAAAACAUUUACUUCUGUCGUGGUUGCAAAAGUUACUUGCCCUCUACUGAAUUCUCUGUGCCUGCUAAUUCACGCACUGUUGGCAGGUGUCGCCGUUGUUGCAAGCUCGAUAAUGAGGCCCGGCGUCGAGAAGCCUUUUUGAAAUACAAGCUUAUGCUAAAAAAUCUCAGAAAAUCUGAAGCUGAUUACCAGGAUGAUGCUAAAAUCGUUUAUGUAGUUCAGCAAAAAGAUCUACAGUACAUGGUGGAGAACAUUUGGGGUUGUCAGUCAGCUCUUAGUGCCUGGGAUGAUCUCCAUGAUUUGGUUACGGUCAGAUGGGAUAAGCACUGUGAAUGGUCUCCAUGGAACACAGUCCUCCUCACUAAAGAUGAGGCAAAAGCACAUCUCAAGCUGCAUAACCUUCAAGAGGCAUAUGAAAUGGUAUUUAUUCACAGGAUAAAGCACAAACAUAUCCUGGCAAAGAACUAUUUCUCUCAGAUUCCAGAGAUGGCAUCAUUUUUGCAUAAAGGUGAUGAUCAGGCUCAUACAAAUGAACUGUUAAUAACUAAGCCUAUCCCUGCUGGGUCAAAAGCAUAACUCUUCAGACAUAAAGCUGUUAUCUGAAUUAUUGAUUAACAUGACUAACUUAAUUGGAGUAAAGAAUUGUCCUGUUUCAUCUGUAGAUUAAUUGUACUCAGGGAACAUGUAUCAAGAUAAACUUCCAAGGAUCCAAUACUCUGAUCCUGACCAUUUAUUGUAAUAAUUGCAUUUCAUGUUCUGUGACUGCAAGCGUGUUAAGUUUUUAAACAUAAAAUAAAACAUUUUUAGAAUACAGUU